GUCUUUCUAAAACCGAACCAAACGUACACGCGGUCAUCUCUAGCAAAGCGUGCUCGUACGGACAUGCGAACUCGCUCUCACUGCUAAACGACGUCGCUAAGUGGCCGGAGAACCGGUCGAGCGGGGCGUUUUGACCGCGAAACCCUAGGGUUUUUUAGCGAUGGCGUCGGAAGAUGUUGUGGGGAAAACGACGAGCGAGUCCGCGGUGUCGACGAUCGUGAACCUCGCGGAGGAGGCGAAGCUCGCGAGGGAAGGGGUGAAGGCGCCGGGCCACGCCGUCCUAAGCAUCUGCAAGUCGCUCGUCGCCGGAGGAGUCGCUGGCGGAGUCUCACGUACUGCUGUUGCUCCGCUAGAAAGAUUAAAAAUUUUACUCCAGGUUCAAAACCCUCAUAGUAUCAAAUACAAUGGAACGAUUCAAGGCUUGAAAUAUAUAUGGAAAACUGAGGGUUUCAGAGGAUUGUUUAAAGGCAAUGGAACUAACUGUGCUCGUAUCAUCCCAAACUCGGCAGUCAAGUUCUUCAGCUAUGAGCAAGCAUCUUUGGGUAUUUUAUUUCUUUAUCGACAACAAACUGGAAAUGAAGAGGCUCAGCUUACUCCACUUUUACGACUCGGAGCUGGUGCAUGUGCUGGAAUUAUUGCCAUGUCAGCAACUUACCCAAUGGAUAUGGUACGAGGUCGGCUGACUGUCCAGACAGAAAAAUCUCCUCGCCAGUAUAGGGGAAUCUUCCAUGCCCUUUCUACAGUCCUCCGGGAAGAAGGCCCUCGGGCUCUGUACAGAGGCUGGCUACCUUCUGUUAUAGGAGUCAUUCCAUACGUGGGUCUCAACUUUUCUGUGUAUGAAUCUUUGAAAGACUGGUUGAUUAAAACUAAACCUUAUGGACUGGUUGAGGACGCUGAGCUGAGUUUGACAACAAAAUUGGCAUGUGGUGCUGCUGCUGGAACUGUUGGCCAGACAGUUGCUUACCCUCUCGAUGUCAUUCGACGAAGAAUGCAGAUGGUGGGUUGGAAAGAUGCUGCAACAGUCGUGGCUGGUGAGGGGAGGAGCAAGGCAGCCCUUGAAUAUACUGGUAUGGUUGAUGCAUUCAGGAAAACAGUUCGGCACGAGGGAUUUCGAGCAUUGUACAAGGGUUUGGUCCCCAAUUCGGUGAAGGUGGUCCCAUCCAUAGCAAUUUCCUUCGUGACAUACGAGAUGGUCAAGGACAUUCUUGGAGUUGAGAUGAGGAUAUCUGACUGAAGCAAGAGGAACUUCAAGCUAUUUGUUCAACCUUUGUGCAAAUUUUGCGAGCAAACGAGAUGAUUGCUAGGAGAAGGUAUAUUGUAAGAAAUUAUGUUCUUUCCCGUUAGGAGGAAUCUUAGAAACCAACUUUUAGCUGCUUGUUGAUAUUCCUUCCAAUCUAGACCCAUUUGUCUCUAUCCAAAGCCCCACCUUAGUUUUUUGUAGCAUUCAUAUUCUUAUGCUAUGGCAAUAAGUAUAAUGCACUAGAUGCAUUCUGAUGUCUUCCCAGAGAAGUUUUAAGUAAUUUAUUACCCAGUUGUAUCUGUGUUGACUGUAUUAUAAAAUAGUUUCUUUUUUA